UCAGACACACGCGGACGGACGGACGGACGGACGGACGGAGCAUCACGACUGCAGAUCUGCGUGAUCACCAAACUUUGACUGACAGUCCAGCCACACUGCGUCCCGUCCACGGCCCCACUCCCAUCCGCGACUAAAAACUACUUUAAACCUCCUAAAGAAAGGGGAACCAGCCGAGGUCGCCGAGGCGGACUUUUCCUCUCUCGCAACGACGUCAGAUUCCCAGACUUGAGAGGAAAUUAUCUCCCCGCACAUCCGCGCAUCUCUCCCCGUCGGUAGCUGACUCAUUUCUCGCUGCGCUCGAGACCAUGGCGGAGUACAGCUCCCUGCUCAGCGACCUGUCUGAAAACAUCACCAACGAGGAUCUGGAGCAGCUCAAAUCGGCCUGCAAGGAGGACAUCCCCGAGGACCAGAGCAACAACAUCUCCUCUAAGGAGUGGUUCAGCUACCUGGAGAAGAACGACAAGCUAGCCCAAGAUAAUCUGUCAUACAUCGAACACAUCUUCGAGAUUUCGCGGCGACCAGACUUGCUGACGAGGGUGAUAGAGUACCGCACCACUGUGCUCAAGAUCUCUGAGGAUGAUGAGAUCGACACCAAGCUCACGCGCAUUCCCUCUGCCAAGAAAUAUAAAGAUAUCAUCCGCCAGCCCUCUGAAGAUGAGAUCAUCAAGUUGGCCCCUCCCCCUAAAAAGGUGUAAGGUCACCAUCUCCAGCCCUGACCUUCGCCCUGACCUUUGCACCUUGAUUUCUCCGCCCCCGGCACUCCAAUCAAUCGACCGACCAUCUCACCGGCCCCGUUACUCAGCACCAGCCCGACACGCGCAGCCCCAC